GUCUGGAGCCAGCAGUUGAAUCAGGGCUACUGACUUCUGGUGCGACCUCACACCGGUUCCAUGCCUCUGGGCUCCUCUGUCAGUGAAACCCGGCGCCAGUGGAGAGCGUUAUGGACAACAGCGGGUUCCCAGUGCGACUGAAGCGGGUUUGGGAACCUCUCACUCCGCGUUCACAGCCCAUCGCUUUCCACAGGGCUGCGAUCUUUUCCGUUUUGUGGCUUACUUCUUAGCUCCUUUGAUUUUCAUAAGCUUCACAGGGUUUCACAGAGCUUCACUAAUAGUCUUCACAAAUAGUUCAUAGCUUGUGAAACUUCCAUAGAGCUUCACAAAUAGUUCAUUUGAUAGAUGAGAAAAACUCAAAUUCACAAGGUGAAUUCACAAGGUAGGUAGAACGUACAUCUUAAGUUUUACCUUCUUAAUUUCUUCGAUACCACCCCCGGCCCAUCCCUGACAAGCACCACCUCCCAGAGACGGCAGGGUGCAGGAAUCCAUUCCUAGGGCUCCACAGGACGAGUACCCUCGCUGAGUCACGUGUUCCCAAUGAAACCUCUCAGUGGACAUUGUUCCAAGACCUUGAUCUUCUGAAAGCCACCCCAUUCUCCCCCAGAGACACCACACGUUUCCUGCGACAUGAUGUAGAACUCAAUUCUAUGGCAGAGAGACACCAGCGUGUACAGGAACCAUCCUUGGUCUGCUGUCAACCCCCUGUAAGAGCUGUGUUAUGAAAUUAUGAUGCUAAACUGUGAAACCAGCGAUGCCAGGAAACAGAGGGACUGGGGCACACCAGGAAGGAGAGCCUCAUGAAUGAGGAAAAUGAAAAAUAUUUUUACCUUUCCAGAAACAGCAUAAUGAGAGAGCCUGCUUUCUCGUGGUUUGAUAAAAUAAUGUAUUGUCAAGAUAACAUCAGCUUCGUCCAAUUUAAAGAUCAGAAGAAGCUAAUGGAAGGGCUUCAGAGGAGCAGAUACGGAACCAUGGCUGAAGGUGGAAUAGAACAUCAAGGCUUUGAACCUUCCUCCUCGUUGAGGAUCAUCCUGGUAGGGAAAACAGGCAGCGGGAGAAGUGCCACUGGGAACAGCAUCCUCUGCCAGCCCGUCUUUGAGUCCAAGCUGGGGGCCCAGUCGGUGACCAGGAAGUGUCAGAGGGCAACAGGCAUGUGGAAUGGGAGGACCAUCCUGGUGGUGGACACGCCCCCCAUCUUCGAGGCCGGGGCCCAGGAUCAAGAGGUGUAUGAGAAUAUCGGAGCCUGUUACCUGCUGUCGGUGCCAGGGCCCCACGUGCUGCUGCUGGUGACCCAGCUGGGGCGCUUCACCGAGCAGGACGUGGUGGCCGUGACCAGGGUGAAGGAGGUCUUUGGGGUAGGAGCUGAGAGACACAUGGUCAUCCUCUUCACUCACAAGGAGGACUUGGCGGGCGGAUCCUUGGAUGAGUAUGUGGCAAACACAGACAACCUCAGGCUGAGGAGCCUGGUCCGGGAGUGUGGGCGGAGGUACUGUGCCUUCAACAACCGGGCCUCCGGGGAUGAGCAGAGAGAGCAGCUGGCCAAGCUGAUGGCCGUGAUCGAGGGGCUGGAGCGGGAGCACCAGGGAGCCUUCCUCACCAAUGAGCUCUUCUUUGAUGCACAGAUGCUGCGACAGAUAGGGGGUGGAACCCAUGGAGAAGGUCAGAGGCACUACCUGGACAAGGUACGGCUGCAGGUUGCAAAGCAAAAGCAAGACCUGAAAGAGGCUGAGAGAAACGGUGCCUCUAAGGCACUCCUCCAACUCAAAGACUGGAUUGUUUCUCAUGUCAAAAUAUUUGUUCUUCUUGUCCUGUGCCUUUUUAUUUUUCUUGCCAUUGUAAUUAUUUUGUGUAGUACCCAUCAAGGCUGAGCAUUUUCAGAUGA